AUGUUAUUGACGACUCGUGAUGCGCAGCUCGAGAGGCGAUCAUCGUAUAUUCUCGCAACAGCUGCUGCAGCUGAAAGAUUAAGUCUUGCUGGUAUAGAUAAUGCCAGUUUUCAAGCAGGUUCAAGAUCCAAUAGUUUUGUGUCUAACAUAUUAUCACAUGUGCAAUCACAGGCCCAAAUUGAACCACAACAAAUAUCACGAGUCCCUGGCAUUGCAGAAGAUGAAGCAACGGCUAAUGAUACAAAACAACCCACAUCUUCAAACGAUAGACGAUAUCGCUGGAGGAUGAGCUAUUAUUUUUAUAUUCAUAUGGUUUGGUUUAUUAUCAGUGCAUUAUUGGGUGGAUUGAUCGUUUGGCUUAUUGAAAAUCAUUCAUCUGCACGAAAUAUUCAAAUUAAAGUUGACUAUAUAGAUGCAUGGUUUGUUAGUAGUUCAUGUGUAUCUAGUUGUGGUUUGACAACAAUAGAUUUUGCAAAACUUUCCCAAGCUUCUCAAAUAGUUCUAAUGUUUUUUACAUUUAUAUCUGGUGUUACAAUUAGUACAUUACCAGCAUUAGUUGUUAAAGCUCAUACACAUAGAAGAGUCGAAGGAAUAACGGUUGAUGAUGAUCAUGGAGAUUUAGAUGAUGAAAAUAGCGAUGAAUUACCAACAGUUAAUAUUCGGCGACAAAGAAAUUUACCAGAACAUAUUCGAAAUCGACUUGCAAAAUUGCCGAAAACACGACAACUUCGUUAUCGUGCUUAUAUAACAUGUAUCGUUCUUAUUCUUGCUACUUGUUUUACAAUUUAUACAAUAAUAUUCAUUGCUAUUGGUAGUUGGAUAGACACACAAUAUACAUCUGAACAAUUAUUACAAGGAAAUUCUAGUGUUAAUCCAUGGUAUAUUUCAUUUAUUGUUACUGUAACAGGUUUUAAUCAAAAUGGAUUAUCACCUUUUUCAGACGGUCUUUCACGUUUUGUUCGGGAUAUUUAUCUCAAUUUGUUUAUUAUAAUAUUAGUUGUAAGUGGAACAUCACUUUUUCCUUUUAUAUUACGAAAUGUAGUUUUAUUGGCACGUUGUGUAUCUCCAUGGCGUCAUAAGGUUAUAUUUGAUUAUAUUCUUCUGAAUAAUCAUCGUUUAUCUACUUUACUCUUUCCUGCUGUACAAACUCGUAUUUAUCUCUUUGUAACAGUUUUAUUACACAUAUUGGGUGUUGGUAUAUCACUUAUACUUGAUUUAAAUAGUGAGAAUUUUACAAUGUAUCCAUCAGGUAUACGUUUUCUCAUAUUUAUGUUUCAAGCAGCAAAUACACGUUUUGCUGGUUUUCAAACAGUUGAUAUAAAUUUAUUUGCUACAGCUACAUUAUUAGUAUAUCUGCUAUUAAUGGCAACUAAACCACAAAUGUUAUGUGCUCUUGAGGAAUCUCCAUUUGAAUUAUCUUGGUUAGCAUUACAAGCACGAGAAGAAGCUAAUGCUGAAACAAAUUCUAUAAUGAAUAUAAAUAGUAGUUCAGGUUUACCUCUACGUAAUAGUCGAUUAGGAUCGAGUUUAUCAUUACCAUCAAAUGGUGGUUUACCUAUAAGACGUAUGGAACGUUUUCUACGUCGACAAAGUUUAGUUACUAAAGAUCUUGCACGAAAACAUUUUACUGAUACAACAUUAUUAGAUGAUACAAAUCAUAGACCUCGACGUUUGAGAUAUUUACGUGGUCGUUUAUUUUUUAUUUAUUUUGCACGAGCUCUUAUAAAACAUACAUUUAGUUUUGUUAUUUUAACUCGUACUUGGUUAUUCUUUUUUAUAUUUCUUAUAUGUGCUAUUGAAAAUAGUCGAAUGGCACCUGUUGAUCCUAAUAUAACUGUAUUUAAAGUAAUCUUUGAAAUAAUAUCAGCAUUUGGAACAGUUGGAUUAACACUUGGAUAUCCUAAUGUAGCAUCAAGUUUUUCUACUGUUCUUUCAUCAACAAGUAAAAUAAUACUUAUUAUAACAAUGAUAAUGGGUCGACAUCGUGGUUUACUUGCAUCAAUGGUAGAUCAAGAAGCUAUUGAACAUAGUGCAGCUGAUUUACUUAAUCGACGACGUGAAGAACUUCUUAAUGAAUAUCAAAAAACAACAUUAAAUGCUAAUAUUGUUAAUCGCAUGAGAUCUGAGGAAGCAGUUACACAAUUUUAA